AUUUCUGCCGGAGGCGGAAUAGCCGGGGGGGGCCGGGGAGACGAGGCGGGUCCCGGGCAGGGGUCCCUGCUCGGGGGCGGCGGUCGCGCCCCGGGAUGCUGCCCGCCGUGGCGGUGGCCGUGGCCGUGGCCGUGGCCUUGGCGGUGACCGUGGCCGUGGCCGUGGCGCUCCCCGGCGCCCCCGCGCUGCGGCACCGCCUGGCCCGUUCCGCGCUGCGCCGCGCCGCGGGCCGGUACCGGCGGCGGCUGGAGCUGCUGGGCAGCGAGGUGCGGCUCAGCCAGGAGCGGCGGCUGCGGCGGCUGCUGCCCGCCGGCACGGCCCGCGGCUCGGAGGCUUUCCGGGAGCGGUACCCCCUGGGGCAGAGCUGCCCUGACGGGGCGCCGGGGGAACGGGUCCCCCCGUUGCGCCCCUGGGCGCUGCUCCGCAGCUGCUGGGGCACCGACCCCCCUCUGCAGGGGUCCCUGCUCUACCUGGACACCCUCCACGCCGCCUUCCCGCAGGCGCUGGCCCCCCGGGGCACGGCCCUGCUCUCCUGGGCGCCCGGCCGCCCCCGUGCCCCGGCGGGCUGGCCCCUGCCCACCCUGUACUGCACCCCGGCCGAGGCGGGCACCCUGCCCUCGCGGGCCGCCGCUCUGCGGGUGCAGCUGCUCUUCGCCCUGCGGGAGCGCGCCCUGCGUGUGCUGGAGGCUGGGCUGGCCACCGAGCUGCACGAUGCGCUGGCGGCCCUGCGCGUCGGCUGGCCCAGGCUGGCCCAGGACCUGGCACUGGGCAGGCUGAGUCCCCAGGCUGGGCUGCCUGAGGGUGCACGGGGCCAGCUGCAGGCGCUGCUGGCCCCCGACGCCGCCCGGGCGGCUGAGCUGCGGGCCGAGUGUGCCCGCGGCUUCGAGGGCAUCGUGCAGCGCCUGUGGCCGCAGCUGGAGGUGGUGGUGGUGGGGGCGGCGCAUGGUGCAGAGCGGCUCUACUGCGAUGCCCUUCGCCAGGCUGAGUGCAAGGGGCUGCCGUUCUACUGCCCCUUCUACCGGGCGGCAGGAGCCCUGCUUGGUGUGAACCUGUGGCCGGAGGAGCCAGCGCCCCGAUUCCUGCUGUGCCCUGACUGGGCUUUCUGCGAGUUCCUGCCCUGCCCAGCCGAGGAGGAGCCACAGACAGUGCUGCUGGGCGAGCUCUGGGAGGGACGCGAGUAUGGGCUGGUCCUGACAGCCCGGCCAGGAGAGUACAGGUGCCGUGCCGGGGAGGUGCUGAGGGUGGCCGGCUUCCACAAGCAGUGUCCUGUGGUGGAGCCUGUGCGCAGGGAGAGCCAGGUGCUGAGCGUGCGGGGCGAGAGCAUCCCCGAGGAGCGGUUCUGCCGGAGCCUGUGCCGAGCGGUGGGCAUGUGGCCGGGCGCUCGCCUGAUCGACUACAUCUGUGUGGAGAGUGCCUUGCUGGGUGCCUCAUCGGGGGCCUGCGCCCCCCACUACGAGGUUUUCAUGGAGCUGCGGGGCCUGCGGGACCUGUCAGAGGGGCAGCGCUACAAGCUGGACCAGUGUCUCCAGGAGGAUUUUCCCAUCUAUAAGUCCUUCCGCUUCAAGGGCAGCAUCGGGCCCCUGCGCCUGCACCUGGUGGGGGCCGGGGCCUUUGCCCAGCUUCGGGAGGCGCUGGGAUCCCCCCUCCCCAUGCCCAGGGUCCUGCGGGAGGAGCGGCUGCUGCAGCUUAUCCAGAGCACCGUCAUCUCCUAGGGUAGCCCGGGGGUCCCGCAGCCCUCCUGGCCCUAGGGCUCACUUGGUGUGCAUCCUCCAGGGAGGGAGUUGGGCCAAGUUCCUGGUGGGGGGCACAGGGGUGAGGGUCCCCAGCCUGGGGGGUUUGAGUGUAGAGGAUGGAGCCAGCAAGCUCAACUGUGCCCCUGCUCCACGGUGGCUGGAGGCACCAGGCACUGGUGGGCGCUCCAGUCGCUGCUGCUGCAGGGAUGGAGCAGGACCUGCAGUGCACCCCAGACCUGGGCCCGGCCCCGGGCAGUCACCAGCAGAUCUGGCCCUUUGCAGGGCUCUUCUGGGCGCAGGGUGGGACCAUGGGUGCUUGUGAGCAUCAUGGGGCAGCCAGGUCCUGCCACCAGCAGCCAUGGCUCACCCUGCUCUGCUCAGUGCCUUGGCAGUGCCUGUAGGCAGCCGCAGCAGAGCGGGUACCUGUGCCUUUUCGGAGGGACACCUCAGCCAUCACAGCCUGUGGCUGGUGCCGGGGGGGGAUGACAGCAGAAACCUCCCCAGGAGCCAGGAGGAGCAAUGGAGCCUCGGGCCCGGGCAGGAGCUCAUCUCAUCCCUGCACUGAGCUCCAGGGCCCUGUGGCAUUCUGUUCGCAGGCAGGGGCACCGCAGGCAGGGACACUGCGGGCAGGGCAUGGGGUGGUGGGUGGCAGCAGGCACCGGCUGCUGCGGAGCAGCCCCUCUGUUGGGCUCCCAUGCACAUCUGCUGGUUUAGGACACAAUAAGCUCCAGCGAGAGCUGCUUUUAAUGCUUAAAAAAACAGAAGCAAAAUAAAGGAGGAUUAUCUCUCAAAAAUAAAUAAAGGGCAGCGCUCUGGGAUUGAUUUUUUAUACUCUUAUUUUUAAUCCUCAUUAAAGGCAUUUCUAGAUGACA